AAAUUUGACAGUUUUUCCGCUAGGUGGCUUUACAGCGGGCGCAGAGUAAAGUCUCAGACGUGCGAGUAGUCAAAUUUUUUCUAUACGUGAAAAUAAUCCAAGUGCAAAUAACCCAAAAAACGCAACACAAUGGCUGCUAGAUUUAUACAGAAAAUUUUGCAGCAAUUGGGUUUUCAGGCGGCGCCCGAGUCAACGUCCUUGGCCGGAGCAACAAUUAAAGCCAAGGUAAACACAAAGCCCACUGCCACUCGCGGCUAUGCAUCCGGAGCUCGAAAGGUAACACUCAUACCCGGCGAUGGAAUCGGCCCAGAGAUCUCUGCUGCAGUGCAAAAAAUUUUCACUGCCGCCAGUGUACCCAUCGAGUGGGAAGCCGUUGAUGUAACGCCCGUGCGUGGUCCCGAUGGCAAAUUCGGCAUACCCCAGGCGGCCAUCGAUUCGGUCAACACUAAUAAGAUCGGCCUUAAAGGACCCCUGAUGACGCCUGUUGGUAAGGGCCAUCGUUCACUUAACCUGGCGUUGCGCAAAGAAUUCAAUUUGUAUGCCAACGUGCGUCCCUGCCGCAGUCUGGAGGGUUAUAAGACCCUCUAUGAUGAUGUCGAUGUGGUCACAAUUCGUGAGAACACUGAAGGUGAAUACUCUGGCAUCGAGCAUGAGAUUGUGGAUGGAGUAGUCCAGAGUAUUAAGCUCAUUACCGAGGAAGCGUCGAUGCGUGUGGCUGACUAUGCCUUCCAAUAUGCCAAGAAUAAUAAUCGCAAAAAGGUGACCGUGGUACACAAGGCGAACAUUAUGCGUAUGUCGGAUGGUUUGUUCCUGCGUUGCGUGCGCGAUACAGCGAAAAAGUAUCCGGAAAUUCAGUUCGAAGAACGCUACUUGGACACGGUGUGCCUUAACAUGGUGCAGAAUCCAGGCAAAUACGAUGUUCUGGUCAUGCCCAAUUUGUAUGGUGAUAUUCUAUCUGAUAUGUGCGCCGGCCUGGUCGGUGGUCUUGGCCUAACGCCUUCGGGCAAUAUGGGCUUGAAUGGUGCUCUAUUCGAAUCGGUGCAUGGCACAGCGCCCGAUAUUGCGGGCAAGGAUUUGGCAAAUCCAACAGCUCUGCUAUUAUCUGCUGUCAUGAUGCUGCGUCACAUGGAGCUUAAUUCGUAUGCCGAUAAGAUUGAACGCGCCGCGUUCGAGACCAUCAAGGAGAGCAAAUAUCUAACGGGCGAUCUCGGUGGCAAGGCCAAGUGCUCUGAAUUCACAAACGAGAUUUGCGCCAAGCUCUAAAUAGCCCAAGUAUUCGACGACAAACUACAACAACUAUUUCGGUAGAGUGAUCAAAAAUCAAUAACAAGAAGUAGAAGUGGAAGAAUAAGAAGAAAACGAAGUAGAGCUUAAAGCAAUUAAGCACUCGCUGCUCAAACCAAAUAGCAACAACAACAAUAAACACUCAAACAUCAGCAACAACAACAACAAACCAAAAUUGU